GACUCUGAUAUGCCACUAUUGCUUGGGAAACCAUAAACACAAAAUAAGCAGAUAUCCUCUUUACCUGCAUCCCUCUGAGCCAACCAGAUGACAGCAAAGACUCUUUCCCAUAACAAACUACCCCUUACAGUAAACAACAGUGUCAGAUGAAAUCCUCACUGCCUUGGAUGAGUUUGUCUUCUCAGACAUGUUUCACUAAAGGAUCAGAAUUUGUUGUGGAUGCGAGGUCGUCUAAUUUUGGGAUUUUGACACAGCUGGAUUCAACAAUGGUUCAAGGUGUUUCUGAGAUCGCUGCAGUGUGUGUUGGCCUGAUCGGGCUGAUCGGUGCGGCCGCGACAACAGGACUGCCCAUGUGGAAGGUGACGGCUUUCAUUGGGGAGAAUAUAAUUGUGAUGGAAACUCGCUGGGAGGGUUUGUGGAUGAACUGCUACCGACAAGCCAACUUCAGGAUGCAGUGUAAGGUAUACGACUCCCUGUUAUUUCUACCCCCAGAGCUUCAAGCUGCCAGAGGUCUGAUGUGCUGCUCUCUGGCCUUGUCUGGACUGGGGCUGCUUGUUGCUCUGGCAGGGAUGCGAUGCACCUCCUGUUUUCAGGGGAAUGAUUGGGCAAAGACCAUUAUCCUAUUGGUUGCAGGGGCUAUGCAGUUCAUGGCCUGCAUCUGUGUCUUUAUCCCCGUGUCAUGGACAGGUCAUGUCAUCAUUAGGGAUUUUUACAAUCCUUUGCUGAUUGAUGCCCAGAGGAGGGAGCUAGGAGAGGCUCUGUACAUCGGCUGGGUGACUGGCGCCUUCCUUUUCGCUUCGGGCGUGUUGUUUCUCUGCCGCCGCAUGCCCUCAGACAAAGGUUCAUUUGACGUAUACCACCCAGCACAUUUACUCGGCUACAAGCCAACACCCAGCAAACCAACUCUGACGAGGUAUCAUCCCAUCUCGAGUGUUCCCAGCCUCCAGUUGAGUGCAUACCACAACUCUCUGCAGAACAAUGGCUCUGCUGGACAACAACUUCCAGUGCCGCUGCAAAACAUCCCUCAUGUGAUGGCAAACGAUGGAGUACUAAUCAACACUCCUGUUGUUUAUAACCCAGGCCCUCCUGAAAAUGCAUCAUUACUAUAUCAAGCCAGCAUGGCUCACCGUUCCUCUGUGCAUAGUUCUAACCAUGUUGGAAGCCUGUAUACUCCAAGAAACUCCUUGUACAUUAGCCAAAACUCAACACCGUAUUCAGUGACUUACACUGGACAUCCCACUGCGUCCUACCAGUCCAGCUUUCAUCCGGUUCCACACACUCCUGUUUUUGUAAGCUAUAAAGCAUCGAGAAUUGAACCAAGGUCUCACAGUGGAAGCAGAGCUGGUGUGUAUAUAUAGAGGUAAAAUCAUGAGGGCAUUUUGUGGCUGAUCAGACUUUACAAACACAAAGCAUCUAUCACACAGCAAGCUAAUUGAGAUGAUGAAAUUGUCAUUUCUGCUCAUAUGAAAUAAUGUGUUCAACUUUUUCUUUUCUACUAAUAAUGUAUUUUUAUCAUUUGUAUUGUGUAAAAAUAUACAGAUAAUAUGAUCAGGCUGAAAAUAACAGCUGUUUGUGUACAUAAAGGUGACACUGCAGUUUUCACUUUCAAAAUGAAGAUUUAUGGGAGAGCAUUUGUUUGGAAAGUCGUAGCCAUGUGUUUUGUAUCCUUAUAACCAUCUGUUCAAUAAUUUCUAAAUUUGUUAUGGUUAUCAUUGUAUGUACUUCAGCAUGAUUUGUCUUUUAAUUAAAAAAAUAUUCCGCUG